AUGAGAGAAGCUAUAUUCUCUACGGCAAUUUGCCAAAAUAAUGAAUGACAAUAAUAGAUAGGCAGUUGUCUGCUCUUUGUUUAUGAUAUAUAGGCAAGUGUACAAAAAGAAAGACCAGUGAGGUCAACGAAAAGCACUAAUCAACAAGAAAAGAAGAAACUACACAGGUCUAUUAGAGCAGACAAUCCAACCAGUCAAGCAAACCAAACUGCCGGAACAAGAAGAGAUCCUAGCAAACAGAGUCAGGCCAUCUAAAUUCAAAUGGAGCAACUUAAGAAGGGUCGGAGAUUGAUACUAUUCCCACUGCCCUUUCAAGGCCAUAUAAAUCCCAUGCUUGAGCUGGCCAAUAUUUUACACUCGAAAGGCUUCUCGAUAACCAUAAUCCAAAGCAACUUCAACUCUCUCAACCCUUCAAGCCAUCCCCACUUCAUCUUCCACUCAAUAGAUAUUGGCUUGUCUGAAAGCGGAACCUCAACAAAGGAUCCGCUCCUUCUUCUUUCUCGUCUAAAUGCAAAUUCUCGUGAACCUUUCCAGGAAUGUUUGGCUACGUUGUUGUCUGAUGUUUCGAAGGAGCCUGUUGGUUGCUUAAUCACCGACUCCGUCUAUGACUUCGCUCAAUCUGUUGCAGAGAGCCUAAAGCUGCCAAGGAUUCUGUUAAGGACUGGGAGUGCCUCUUCAUUUGCAAUUUAUACUGCAUUUCCACUUCUUCGAGAGAAAGGCUACCUCCCAAAACAAGAUUCUCGACUAGAAGAGGAAGUGACAGAGCUUUCACCUCUCAAGGUUAAAGACAUUCCAAUUAUCAACAGUGAUGGUCCAGAGAGAUUUUUUAAUCUAAUAGCUGACCUGGAAAUUCAAACCAAGACCUCAGAUGGAUUGAUUCUUAAUACUUUUGAAGACCUUGAAGAACAUGCACUGGCCACAAUUCGCCAGGUUUAUCCUAUUCCAGUUUUCUCACUAGGACCAUUUCACAAAUGCUACCCUGCAAACUCUUCUCUAACUUCAAGUAGCUUAUUAGCACAAGACCAGAGUUGCAUUUCAUGGCUAAACACACAAGCACCAAAAUCUGUUAUUUAUGUUAGUUUUGGGAGCAUUGCAGCAAUAAAGGAAACUCAGUUUUUGGAGAUAGCCUGGGGACUAGCCAACAGCAAGCAGCCCUUCUUGUGGGUUGUUCGACCCGGAUUAGUCCAUGGGUCAGAUUGGCUUGAAGCAUUACCUAGUGGGUUUCUUGAGACCUUGAAUGUUAAGGGGCACAUUGUUAAAUGGGCACCUCAAAAAGAAGUGCUUGCCCAUCAAGCGGUUGGUGUGUUUUGGACUCACAAUGGCUGGAAUUCUACAUUGGAGAGUAUCUGCGAGGGGGUACCUAUGAUUUGUAUGCCAUGUUCUUCUGAUCAAAUGAUGAAUGCAAGAUAUGUAAGCGAUGUUUGGAAGGUCGGGUUGCAGUUACAACAUGGGGUCGAGAGAGUCAACAUUGAAAACACCAUUAGAAGACUAAUGGUGGAGAAAGAAGGGGAAGAGAUCAAAAACAGAGUUUUAAGGCUAAUGCAGAAGGCAAAUUUUUGCCUCAAACAAGGUGGCUCAUCAUACCGAUCCUUAGAUGCCUUGAUCAAACACAUUUUAUCAUUUAAAUGAAUUGUAUUUCCAGACUCAUAAUCAGUCAUUGAUUAUAACGUGUAUGUAGGUCAUCAUUUACAAUAAAAAAAAAAAUCUAGUAAUCUUAUUUUAAGUA